CAUCCACCACAACCACCUCCUUAACACCACCCUUCCAAUUGUCAUCUGCUUUAACCCCACACAGCCCUUCAGCUAUGGCUCCCACACGCGUUGCCGGUGUCUCGAACUCGGACUCAUUCUCCCACAAUGCGAAGAGCUACCAGAUUCCAUCAAGGACUUCCCGCUUUUCCGGCUUCCUCGCGAGCUUCGCGAUGAGAUUUACGGCUAUGUUUUCUACAAACCGAAGGCGUCAAUUCGUACGAAACGUGGUGUUGUUGGAGCACCUUGACAACGACUUUGUCCCAGACUUGGGAACCAUAUCGGCGGCAUCACGGAAGGCAGCUCUUCUAUGUCAAGAGCUCCCUUUACUGCACGUCAAGUUUGUGAUGUACUUCGGGAUCAAUUUCUAUCCUGUCUUCAAUUACGGCCCAGAAGUGGCAGCCAAUCAAAAGAUGAGUUACCAAGAAUUCGAGGAGAUGUCGCAGUGGAUGCUGGAGCUGAAGCGCGGAAAAGACACGGCGAAGAAAUGCACCUUCAGCAUCCAAGUCCCAGACUUGUUCGAUCAGAGGUCUAUCAGCCGUUGUCUGAAGGCAAGGAAGAUAUGGCCUGUCAACUUCUUCUGGUUCCUCGCUAACCAGGCAACAAUCGACGAGAUCAAUGGGGUUCCAUGGGCUCCAGAGGACACCCCGGAUACGAAAUACCUAAUCUGAUGGAUUCGUACGAAGCCACUACCGGUAAAGAGCGAACUUGGCUUCUAUUUGCCGUCGCCUACGCUCUAAUGAGGAGGACAACCACGAUGCGGAUGGCGGCGAGGAGAAUUAAGGCAUUCUGCAUUCCUUGACGAACUUAGAGUAUAGCUCAGGAAACCACGCUCUGGAUCCCCUUCCACCUUCUCACUUCCCAUUGUCACCUUUCAACUACAACUUCUAGUCAACUCACCUUCCUGGCCAGUA